AUGAAGAUCGACGAAGUCGCCUCGACGACGAAGAAAGCGCGAGUGGCCACGCACACGCACAUCAAGGGUCUCGGGCUGAACGAAAAAGGCGCGGCAGUCGCGCAAGCCGCCGGAUGGGUCGGCCAAGAAUCCGCUCGGGAAGCCUCCGGCGUCGUCGUGGACAUGAUCAAAGAGAAAAAAAUGGCUGGAAGAGCCUUGUUAUUUACGGGCGCGCCGGGGACGGGGAAGACGGCAUUGGCGCUAGGGAUCGCGCAAGAAUUAGGGACGAAAGUGCCGUUUUGUCCCAUGGUCGGGUCAGAGGUGUAUUCGCACGAGGUGAAGAAGACGGAAGUGUUGAUGGAGAACUUUCGAAGAGCGAUUGGUUUGCGGAUUAAAGAGAAUAAGGAGGUGUAUGAAGGCGAGAUUGUGGAAAUGACGCCGGAAGAGACGGAGAGCACUUCGGGCGGGUACGGGAAAGUUAUCACGAGCGUAGUCGUUGGAUUGAAAACGGUGAAAGGGACGAAACAGUUGAAAUUAGACCCGUCGAUUUACGACGCGAUGCAGAAAGAAAAGGUGAAGUUGGGCGACGUGAUUUACUUGGAGGCAAACUCGGGGUCGGUGAAACGAGUUGGGAGGUGCGAUGCGUACGCUUCGGAGUUCGAUUUAGAAGCGGAAGAGUACGUUCCGUUACCGAAAGGCGACGUGCAUAAAAGAAAAGAGAUUGUGCAGGAUGUAACUUUACACGAUUUGGACGCCGCCAACGCGAGACCGCAAGGCGGAUCCGAUAUCAUUUCAAUGAUGAGUCAAAUAAUGAAACCGAAGAAAACAGAGAUUACGGAAAAGUUAAGGAGAGAAAUCAAUAACGUGGUUAACAGAUACAUCGAUAGUGGCAUCGCCGAGUUAGUCCCGGGAGUGUUGUUUAUCGACGAGGUGCACAUGUUGGAUCAAGAAUGUUUCACGUUUUUGAACAAAGCGUUGGAGUCGCAAUUGGCACCGAUUGUUAUUUUUGCCACCAACAGAGGGGUGUGCCCGGUGAAAGGCUCAGACGGGAUGGUGGCACCGCACGGUAUUCCGGUAGAUUUGUUAGAUCGCUUGUUGAUUGUUCGAACGAUUCCUUACACGAGCGAAGAAAACGUACGGAUUUUAGCCGUGCGAGCGGACGUGGAAGAGAUUGAGAUGGACGAAGCGAGUUUGGCGAGAUUAGGCGAGGUUGGCGACGAGACGACUUUAAGACACGCGGCGCAGUUGAUGACGCCGGCGGCGGUGAUUGCGCAACAAAGCGGGAGAGAGGAGAUAUCGAUUGCGGAUUUAGAGGAGUGUCAAAGAUUGUUUUUUGAUCCGAAGAAGAGCGCUAAGUUAUUGCAAGAGCAAGCGGAUAAAUUUAUCACGUAUUGA